ACCAUGUGAUUGUCUUUUGAAAACAAGAAAAGAUUUAAAAAUUUAAUUUGUUUCUCUUUAACUGUUGUUCGUUAAUUGUUACAAUUUACUGUUAAUUAUGUCUAUUAAAUUGGAUUCAGAGAAUUGUGUUGAUGAAGGUGAAAAGAAUGGUAAAGCUGAUGAGAAAUUAUUCCCUGUUAUUGGUAAGGUAAAGAAAUCAGUUCGCCAUCGGUUACAAGCUCCUGUUCCUAAAUGGUUUCAGAGUUUCAUACCUUUUGCCAAAGAUUUUAAUUGUAAUGAUUCAAAUUGUCAAAUUGAUUGUUUAACUGACCUUUUGGAUGGUAAAGUGUUGGAAAUUUGUCGUUCAAGGUUACAAUUUUUCUUUCCAGUACAGAAAACAUCAAUUCCGGUUAUUCUUGACUCACUAAGGGGUAACAAUUAUCACCGAGGUCGUGAUGUUUGUGUUUCCUCACCAACCGGAUCAGGGAAAACAUUAGCCUUUAUUAUACCAAUUAUUCAAUCACUUGCUAAUCGUGUUGAGAUUAAAUUGAGAAGUAUAAUUAUCUUACCAGUUCGUGAUUUAGCCUGUCAAGUGUUCAAAGUUCUUGAAGAUUUUGCUUCACCACUCGGACUUAAAGCUUCACUUUCUGUUGGUCAAAGAUCAUUUACCGAAGAUAUGAACAGUAUUGUUAAAGAAGUGACCCCAGGAGUCUAUAAAUGGUUAAUCGAUAUUCUAGUUACCACACCCAGUCGUCUAAUUGAUUUAAUCCACAGUUGUCCAGGUUUCAAUCUCUCAUCUCUUCAAAUUUUAGUUCUAGAUGAGGUUGACCGGAUAUUAGAUUUUGACAUUGAAUAUAAUUGGCUUGAAGAGAUUGACAAAGCCGUUUAUGGUAAACAGAAUCGUGUACCUUGUCCCUGUUGUAAACCCGUCGGUGAUGGAUCAACAUUAAUUUCAUCAAAUUCUAAUCGUGGUUGUUUAAGCCUCGUCUCUGGUUGCAAUUUAACAAAUUACUCUUCCCUAUGGCAGCCCUACAUUAAGUUGAUCUUUUCAGCGACAUUGGCAAAAGAUGUUGACAAUUUAUUCCUGUUGAACCUUUUCAAACCGAUCUUAUUAAUGGCAACCGAAUCAACUGUAAAACCAACCAUCGAUGGUCAAGGUCAAUCUCGCGUGACACUAAAUGAACAAGAUGUCCUAAUGAUGACAAAGAAUAUUUUACCUCAACAAUUAGUGGAGAAAUUUGUAAUCGUUCAAGCAAUGAACAAACCUCUGGUUCUAUGGCACAUGAUGAACGAUUUAAAAUAUCGGCGAGUCCUUUGUUUCACCAGUACAAUUAAAAGAGCUCAACUUUUAGCCGGACUGAUGAAAAAUAUUCCCAAUCUUAAUGUAUACCAAUUCUCAUCUAAAAUGUCGGACUCUGAUCGAAACAAAGUUUUAGCGAAAUUUCAAAAUGGAGCUUAUGAUAUAAUCAUCGCCACCGAUAUAAUGACCCGAGGGAUUGACAUUGAUGGAAUUGAUUAUGUAAUAUCUUAUGAUGUUCCCUUUAAUGAUAUUUAUUACGUUCACAGAGUUGGUCGAACCGCUCGUGCUGGUCGACCUGGUACAGCGAUAACCAUUCUAGCGACCGAUCAGGUUGGAAAAUUUCACGUCAUGAUGAGGAAAAUUCAUCCCAAAGAUUUAAUCAAAGAGAAAGUGAUCAAGAUGAACAUUGAAUCAAAAAAGUUGACCGCACUUAAAAAGCCAUAUCGAAAAGCGUUGAAAAUACUGCGACAGAAAGUGAAUCUUGAUCAAGCGAAAACAGCGAAAAGGAAAAAAAAAGUCACUUGGAAAGGUCUAAAUGCUAAUCGAGGAUCAACUAAAUCAACUCCAUCGAAAGCAUCAACAUCACAACAAUCAUCUUAAAUCAUCACCAUGAGAUUAUCUCUAUAUUUUUGUUCAAUCAAAUUGUUACUAUUUAUCCGAAACUGUAUUUCUAAUUAACAAUUGUUUUCUUAUGGUUGAUAUUUUUCACCAAUUCACCGAUAAGAAACAAUAAUAUUAACGAUGAUUAAAUCAAUUACGAUUUAACUAAUCUAA